AUGCACACAACCUUUGGAAAGUUCAUCGCCUCUGUCUGCGUCGUUGCAGGCCUGGUCUCUCACGCUGCUGCUGAUACGUGGGGACCCGCAUUCUCCUUGGGUCCAACAAAGGGAGCAGUCAUCGGAACCACCACUACGUUCAUCCCCGGAACCCCUCCGGCGGAAGCUGAAACUGGUCUUUACCUCUGGAUUGGCAUCAGCAACGGUACCAGCGGGCUCAUCCAAGCCGGUGUCGAUCAAGACGCGGACAAUUCUUACUGUGGCGCUUCCGCUACAGAGUGGUGCCUCAGUGCGAGUUAUUUCGGUAUCGGUGGACAAUUCGAUGGACCCUAUGUCGCCGUUAGUGGGAGCACUGAAAUAGGCAUCGCCUACACACUCAGCGGGCAAACCUGGACUCAAACUGUCACUGUAGCUGGCAAAGUUGUCUCAACACUGACUAGCGAGGACGGACCCCUUAUUGAAGGCGGAUGGGGAACCGGGACUGAAUGUCAACAGAACUGCAAAGGAACCGCCAGUGUGCAGCAAUACCUGAACUCCGUGAUUUACCUCUCUGAACCCGACGAAAACUUCCCAAAUACACUCGGUGUCGGUGCAGGAGUUGUGCAUACUCCCAUGGAGACGACAGACGGCGGUCAAACCUGGACCAUUGCAUCUAUCACACUUCCAGUCUACACGGCGCCUCCUGGUAACGACAACUGA